CGACACAUAAAAACAAAUAGCUCUGCAGCAGCAAGAUGCUGACAAUGGCGAUGCGCAGUGGUGGUUUGCGUGGCACUGCUGUUCGCUGGCUGCUGUCGCAGCGACUGCGAGGUGGUGGUGGUGGUCACCAUCGCUUCGCAUCAACAUUGUUGACAGCACAACAGAAGCCAUAUACACACAUCCAACGCGGAAACUUUAACCAGGUGGAAGGCGAAGACCUUGCAGUGUUUGAGCGCAUCUUGACCAGCAGUGGCGUCAUCACGGACCACGCCGAUGUGGACAGAUACAACCAAGAUUGGAUGGGCAAGUUUCGCGGGCAGAGCACAGUGGUGCUGCGUCCCAAAUCAACUGAGGAAGUGGCUGCCGUGCUGCGGCACUGCCAUCAACGACGGUUGGCCGUGAGCACCCAGGGCGGCAACACAGGUCUUGUUGGAGGCAGCGUCCCGCUUUUCGACGAAAUCAUCCUCUCCACAGAGCUCAUGAACGACAUCAUCAGUUUGGAUGACGUGUCACGCAUCCUCACGUGCCAGGCCGGCUGUGUGCUGGAGCAACUCAACACCUACCUUGAGCCCCAUGACCUCAUGAUGCCACUGGAUCUCGGGGCAAAGGGCAGCUGCCACAUUGGCGGAAACGUGGCCACGAAUGCGGGCGGUCUCCGCUUCCUCCGCUAUGGAUCGCUCCACGGAACCGUCCUCGGCCUCGAGGCUGUGCUGGCUGAUGGGACGGUGCUGAACACGCUGUCUGGCCUGCGCAAGGACAACACAGGGUAUGACCUGAAGCAGCUGUUCAUUGGCUCGGAGGGCACGCUCGGUGUGGUGACGGGGGUGGCAAUUGAGGCUGUGCAGCGGCCUGCUGCCACCAACGUCGCCUUCCUUGCGUGCAACUCGUACGAGCAGCUGCAGCACACGUUCCAGGCCGCAAAGCACCACCUCGGCGAGAUCCUCUCCGCGUUUGAAUUCCUUGAUGAGGGAAGCAUGGACUGCACAACAGCCAACCUGGGCCUGUCGAGUCCUUUGCAGACCCCGGCCCCCUUCUACAUCCUUAUUGAAACGCACGGCUCUGUCCAGGAACACGACUUUGCAAAGCUUGAGGGCUUUCUCGAGACGGUGAUGAGCGACGAGCUCGUCGUGGACGGGACCGUUGCACAGGACGCGGGUCAGGCGAGUGCGCUGUGGGGGAUUCGCGAACGCAUUACAGAGGCAUUGCAGCACGAUGGCACCGUCUACAAAUACGACGUCUCUCUCCCGCUCCCCGUCCUCUACUCCCUGGUCAAUGAGAUGCGAUCGCGCGUGGCGAGUGUCGCAACGCGCUGUGUUGGAUAUGGCCACGUGGGCGACGGCAACUUGCACCUGAACAUCACGUCAUCGGAACCAAACGAAGAGCUCUUCGGCCUCAUCGAGCCCUUUGUCUACGAGUUUACAGCAAAGCACCGUGGCUCCAUCAGUGCAGAACACGGCCUGGGCGUCAUGAAACCCCACCACAUUCACUACUCCAAGCCCGCGGAGGCCAUUCACCUCAUGAAGCAAAUCAAAGCCCUCAUGGACCCACAUGGCAUCCUCAACCCUUACAAAACCAUUGUGUGAUGUGAUAUGACACGUGACGUGACAGCGGCGCGGUGGUGGCAAGCCGCCUACGUGUUACUUUACAAUUGCAAUGUUAAUGUGAAAUGAGAGUGAGCGACAACAAAGUCCGGCGUCUUUGAAACAAUUAAAUUGCCUGUUGAGGGCAUGAUGCAA